GUCACACAGCCGGGUCACCGACGAAGGGCUGGGCAGACAGGCGAGAGAGGCAGCGGCAGGGAUGAGCGAGCAGACGGCAAGACUCAGUCAUGUGUGCAGCUGUUAGUGGAAUGGAUGACAGGCGGAUGGACAGGAUCGGUGGUGUGCGUGUUGGCGAUGGACGGACACACGUGUGUCAUUCCUGGAUGUGCGCGUGGAUGUUUGCAUGUUCGUUGAAUGAAUGCCUGUGGAUUGACACCAACCACACACCCACACCCGCAUUCACACGCGUGUGUCAUUCGCUUCGUGCAUCGUUGUGGGCUUCCCGCGACACCGUGCCGUGAUGUCACACCGACAUUGCUGACAUGCAGCGGCGAUGUUGCAUCACGACGCAGUACGUGAGAAGCCCGCCCUUGAACACGCAGCAAGCACACACCUGUCUGUCUCUGGCUCUUCCAUUCUCUCUCUCUUGGAUGUUGGCCGGUCCUGGCUCGUUUGACACACGGCACGCUGCCCAAUGCAAAAACACCUGGGUCCAGGCAUUCCUGCGAAGGGCACCGAACUCAAGAUCAAACGAGCCAGAAUCGACCUCCCACACCAACCGAACGACGAUACCAACAGAGGGGUAGAUAGCACGACUGUUCAGACCCCACCACAGCAGCCAUCCAUCCAUCCAUCCGACAUACACACACGGCCACUUAACGGCCCUCUCGCUCGCAAGACAACAACAGACGCACCUCACCCCGACCUGCCUUACAACAAAACAGCCCCCCUCCCAGCUACGCCCGGACCUUCCUCGACGGCCGCCUGGGCUGCUCGCUUGGCUUUGGCUGUGGCUGCCCGUCUGUCGUCGACACACUGGCGGGUGGUGGUGGUGCGGGGCCUGUUGGCGAGCCCGACAGCCACAGCACGAUGCAGAACAGGCGACGCUUGCACAUCUGCAACUGCCACCUGCAGGCAGGAAGACACGACAUACGGCAAGCAAUGGGUGUUGGGGCUGGUGUUGUGUGGCGGGUCUCACUCGUUCGCUUACUCACCAUGUGGUGUCUGACCGCAACAGCACGAGGGUGUCUGUGUGGGGGUCGAGUACACGCUCGCUCUGCAUCGCAUCAGUCCACCCAUCCCAUACACACCAGAGAAUGUGUUGAGGACGGACGUGUUGGUUUGUUGUGGUGUGUUGCAGAGCUCGGCUCACGUCAGGGUUUUCCUCCAGAUGGUCGAGCAGCGUUGAUAUGUCACGGGCCGGCAGAGCGCCAUCCUGCAGCCACUCACACAGGGAGAGAGAGAGAGAGAGCGAGAGUGCACCCAACACCCUCUCCCUCUUUCCCAGGCCUUACCGUGGUCUUGACGGCUUUGAUGGCGCCCCCGUCUCUCUCAGUGUCCCACAGCAGGUCGCUCGAGAAGAAGUAGAGCAGCGUCAGCCGCCGCUCGUCAUCGUGCUGCCGCAUGGGACUCUUGGACGCGUUGUCCAGAUGCCAUGUGUACCGGUCGUCGUUGCCUGCAUCCACCACACAGACAGCAGCCAGGAAUGGUGCGUGUGCUGUGCUCUCUGUGUCGUGCUCUUUUACCGUCGAAGCACCAGAGCUGUGGAUCGGUGUGGCCGGUCAGCUGCAGACCUAGUGUGCUCUGACACAAGUGGAUGGAGCAGGGAGCCACGCACAGGUGGGUGCGGUUGUGUGUCGAUUUGUGUCUUUGCGUACGUUGGCCCGUUUGCACAUCGACUUUGCGAAGGUGAGCACCAGCUCCAGCAGGUUGGCCAGCGCUCCAGUGGUGCUCACAUCGCCGCUGUCGUGCUCCAGAUGCUCGAACAACCUCUGCAGCACAUCAAGACACACACAUCAACCACAUCAACUCUCUCUUUCUGUGUGUACUAUUGGGUCGAUUGCCUCACCCCCUACUCACCUUUUGCGUGAUCGAGUGGAGCUGCUUGACGACGGGAUUGAGCAUGGCGACAGGGUUACUAGAAGGCUUCUCAGGCCGGUCAAACACGCCACUCGCGAACACCGCCGACGCCUCGUGAAACCCUCGGUCACUCAUCGACGACUCGGCACCGGCACGACACACAGCAAUGCCAUUCGACCUCAGAAGAGCCAACAUCUGAACAAGCCACACACCGACACACGACCUCCUCCCUCCCUCCCUCCCUCCCUCCCUCUCUCCCUCUCGCGCGCGCGCUCUUGCUCUCUCUCUCUCGUUGUGUGUGGGUGGGGUCAGCUCCCACCAGACCUCAUCUGUGAGAGAGUCAGGUGAGCCCUUGAGCAUGUCCACAUCCACAGGUGCGGGGAAGGGGGGCAGCGGGGUGCCGUUGGUGGCUGAGGCUGCAGCUGCAGCAGGGGGGUCGGGGUAGAGGGGACUCCAUUGCGUGAAUGCCUUCCGGGCCGCCCCGCGACGCUCCUCAUGCUCUAUCUCCUACACCACACGACAUGACACACAAAUAACGCGCAUAGCCAUUCACAGCAAUUUUGCUCACGUUGAGCAUUUGUUUGGCCGCGGCAUUGGUUGCAUCGACCUCCAGCAGCGCCUGCAGGGUGACCUUGGCCUCCUCUGUGGCCCACGCGCCGCCGCCCUGGUCGCUCGGGAGCUUCCGGAGCGCCUCUGCCUUGCGGUAGAGGGCCUUGACGUUGGCCUGGUCCGACGCCAGCACCUUGUCGCAGUAAGCUGACAAUCACACACAACCACACACACACAGAGAGGGGGAGAUGGCAACACGUAUAUCACCCUGUUUGGUGUGUCUGCAUGGCUGUGCUCACCGAUAGCGUCCUUGUAAGCCUCCCUUUUGAGGUUGACAAGCGACAUGUUGCCGUAUAUCGACGAGCGGCACUCGGCAAGCUCCGCAUCUUCCUCGUUGACACGCCCGCCCGGCCUGUCUGGCAAGAGAUCUCUCAGCCUGUCCAGUGCUGCAGCCCAGACGGCGGCGGCCUCGUCGUAGCGGCCCUGCUUGAAGAGCCUGUUGCCCUCGUCCUUCAUCUCACGUGGGUCGGGACCCGCGUCAAGAUCCUCAAACUGAACCAUCUGUUUUGCAGGAAGGAGCCUUCAGAUCAAACACAGCGGUUGGACUUUUCGCGUCGAGAGAUCUGCU